UCGAGUCGAGGAGGAGGAAGAGGAGCCCCGUGUCCACGUGGAGUGGUUUGGAAGGAGGCUUCGGGGAGGCGUCUUGGCGGAGGGUCGCGCGCGCCGUUGCGGAGAAGAGGUAAUGGGCAAGAAUAAGGUAAAAGGCCUGAAACAGACCAAUGUAUUCCAUAUAGCCAAUAAAAAAAUAUUAAAGGCUAAAAGUAAAGCAAAACCAGUGGCAAGCAAUCUAAAAAAGAUAAAUAUUGUGAACGAUGAAAAAGUUCGCGAGAUAAAUAAGGUAUUUACAGAAAUACAGAAAAACGUGAAACAGUUGUCCAAAGCUGUUCCGUCAGAUUCUGCAAAGAGACUUCAGAUUCCAAAGUCUCAGGAAGACAAGCCGGCUAAUGUAGAUGCUGCUGCUGACUUACUGUCUCAGUUGUAGUGCAAAACAGUAUAUCUAUGUGAAAAUCACAUCUUCUGAUACAAAAUGGAAGGCAUAGCUUUCAACACUGGAAAUCUAUUUGCAUAAUUGUAUACUGUUGGAAGGAACAGCUGGAUUUUAUAUAAUGGAAUUGGGAAACUAUUCCUCCCCAAACUGGCAAUACUCAAGCAAUAGAGGAAAUAUUCCAAGACUUCUUUAAGAUGAAGAAGAUUUUCAUCCCUACUGAGCCUACGCAUAGCCAGAGGCCAGAUUAUUUACCAACAAAAAGAGCUGGACUAAACUUAGGGAUGUUGGUCUACUAUUACUAGAUGAAAUUAUACACUAAAGUGAAAUUAUGAUUUAAAAGAAAAUAAAUCUCUGUUCUCUAAUGUUAUUGGUAAAGUUUAAUAUUCUCUGAUGGCUUGUUAAAAAUGUAAGAUAAAAGGAAUUUACACAUUAAAUAAUUAUUACAUUUCUAGACAGAAUAAAGUUAUGACUUAAUCAGAAUUUCACUUAACAAUGGGUAGAAAAAUAAUGGGAAAAGUAAUUAAAAAACUAAAA